GCUGCUUUCUGUUCGUGAGGCAAUUUCUCCAUCAUGGCUCGACGGGAGAGAAAACUGGAAGCAACUUACCUCCUGGCUUUGUUGCUUUAAGUUCCGGUACCACGCGCAUGCACAGAAACCCCAUCAUCACCGUGUCCAACAACCAUCGGACGCGAAGGUAGUGGCCGCUUGGCAGUGACUCGAGGUGAUCCCGUUCCUAUGUCAUGGGAAGCUGACCCACUUCCCGCUGGGCGCUACAUAUACAGCAUGUUUCUAUUAUAAGAGCCGAGGGCGUCUGUGUCGCUGUGCAGAGUCUGCUUCUCCUCGUUCUCGUCGCCCACCGUUGACCAUGCCUAGGACAAUCGCAGAAGAGAUACGGCGUAUCCCGCCGGUGACGCGUUUCUUAUGCGCGUCGUACUGCGUUACGAGUCUCGCGGUUCUUCUCGGCGUUGUCUCUCCCUGGAGGAUUGUGUUCUCACGGAAGGCCGCGCAGGCUCUUGAGGUCUGGCGACCAUUUACGACCUUCUUCUAUGGACCUGGCGGUCUGCCUCUUAUCUUUGAGCUCUUCAUGCUUUAUCACCACUCGCUCUCUCUUGAGACGAACCAAUAUGACCGUCGCUCCUCCGACUACUCGUGGCAGCUGCUGUUCGUUUGCGCGUCUAUCCUAAUCAUCAACCUCCCCCUCAACCCCCACAUCCACGAACACGCCCUCGUCCACGCCCUAGUCUACCUCGACUGCACAUUCGCCCCUUCCUCCGCCCAGACCUCCCUCUUCGGGCUCGUCACCUUCCGCACGAACUAUUACCCCUACGUCCUCCUCGCGCUCGACAUCCUCGUCGGCGGGCGCGCCUACGCCGCGCUCGGCGCAAGCGGCAUGGUCGUCGGGCACCUGUGGUGGUGGCUCGUGUGGGGUUGCUCGGGCGCAGGCGGUGUGGAGCGGGGUGUGCUCGCGGGGGCGGCGGCGCAUGCGCCUGGGAGGGUGAGGGAGUGGUUCGGGGAUAAGGCGAGGCCGCGGGUGUCGAAGGUCGGGCGAGGGGUUACAGUGUUUGCGCCGGGCGGGGAAGGGGAUAGCUAUAGGUGGGGGAGGGGCAAGAGGCUGGGAGAGCAGUAGACGCAGUGAGGGAGAGUUGACACAGUAUUUGGGGUUUCUGGGUGCGUUCGCGUUUCAGCGGACCUGGAAUGAGAUUCGAUUGAAAGAGCACCAGUGGUAUUCGAACAUAAUUAAGACAUUUGUCAGUCCUUGCAAUAGUAUCUACGUGUACAACCACAAUUUGC